GUCCAUUUUCGGUUCGAUCCUUAACUGCAGAAUCCCUCACCGGUCGAAAGCCUCUACAGAAUCCACAGUGCGCUGCUCGUCGUCAAUUGCUUGCCUCCACUCAAAACCCUAAUUCAAAUUGUAGCUCAAUAUGGCCGUGGUCGGCGAAAGCUCUUCAGCUUUGGCUAAGUCUCCGGAAGACAAGCCCGUGAUCGUUAGGGUUAAACGCAAAGCACUACAGUCUCCACUUGAUGCUUUCUGGCUGAAAAUCAAUGAGAGGCCGCAGAAGCGUCCGUUACUGGAUUUCGAGAACCUUUCGAUGUCUGAUUCAGCUGCAAAGGCAGAGGAAUUGAAGACCAAGAAGGUUUUCGUGCAGCAUGUAGAGACAGUAAGCAGCUUUCACACCACUGUUGAUGUUGUGAAAUCGUUCGUGGACCUAAAUUCCGAUGAUGUGUGUGAUCAUAAAACAAGGAGUGAAGAACGCAAACAUACUUUUAAAAAGGAGAAUCAGAAACAAGAUCAGAUUUUGUCUAAAGCUAGACAGAAACAGGAGGUUGUUGCGAAAAAUGCACGUUUUGAACAAAUAUGGAGGAGCAGAAAGGGAAACAAAGAAACAUCACAUGAGAAAUUACAUGAAAUGUGUCAUUUCUAUGAUGUUAUUCGUGUUGAUGUCGAGGAAAUAUCUAAUGAGUUGCAACAGGAGGAUGAGAUAUCUUUGGAGGACCAGAGGAUGUUAAAUAGUUACUUGCCUCUACUGAGAGAGUUCAUUCCAAGUGCUGCUUCGGAGAUUGAAUCAGAUUUAUCUGCUAACAGCUCCAAAGAAGCAUUCGAAGAUGGGUAUGUAUAUGACUUGUAUGCUGUGAAGGAGGAAAUGGAUAUAGAUGCUGAAGAUUCUUCAAAGUCAUUUCCAUUGGUACAAGUUGAUGACGAGGAUUUAUGUGACGGGCCUGAUGAAUCAGAAUAUGAUACUGAUGAUUCUAAUGCUGAAAACAACCCGCUCAAUGAUUAUCCGGAAGAGAUAUCUGAAGAGGAAUCAGAGAGUGACACCUCCGAUGAUGAAUCAGAAGAAAAUGAGAGUUCCAGUGAAAAAUCUUCAGAACCGAAGGGUUUAGAAGACAAUGACUUUUUAGAAGAUGAUAUGUAUGAUGAGAAUGAUCAUGGUGAUGACUUUGAUUAUGAUGUUGAUCAAAGUGAUGAUGGCGAAGAUCGGAGAUGGUCUUAUAGGUGAACUUUGGCUUUUCUGUAUCUGCUUUCAUCUUUGUAGUUUUUGCUCCUGAACAAGUAAAUCGUUGUAAAAGUCAAUGAUGAAUUAGUGGUUGCUUGGAUAUGUGAAUAUGAACUUCUUGUACAUCCUUGUGCUUUUAACAUCCUGGAUGGAUCCAAUAGCAGGGCAGUAGAAAUAAUUUUUUC